AUGCAAUUCUCCAUCAUCCUCGGUGCUCUGCUCGCCGUCACCACUGUCUUCGCCCAGCAGUUCCCCAACUGUGCCGCGGACUGUAUCACUCACGCUGACACUGGAGGCUGCGGGACUGACAAUAAAUGCUUGUGCGAAAGCUCGGCUUUUGUGAAGAGCACUGGGGAUUGUUUCAUUGCGAAAUGCCAAGGGCAAGACCUGCAAACCGCAUUUAAACAAUCUCAGGCGUUGUGUCUGGCAGCUGGUGUCACUUCAACGUCUGAUUUCGGAAGUGCUACUGUCCAACACACCAAUACCAAUACUAAUACCAAUACUGCCGCUAAUUCUCAAUCAACCAACCCUUCUCAACAAUCUAAGAACGGGGCUUCUUUGAACAGGGUAGAUGUCCUCAGUGGUCUCGUUAUCAGUGCUGGUUUGAUCGCCCUUGCUAUGUGA